AUUAAACUGAAAAAUAAAACAUUUUCAAACUGGGAUUUUGCUUGAAUGUCCACGGUGUAUGUGCACAGCUCUAGCUAUUUCACCGUUAUCUUGACGUUUCUUUAUGUGUUAAAAUUCUAUUGGCUACCAAAGAGUAUGUAACCUCUUAAGCUACUACCCACCGGCUUUAUCACAGACAAUCAAUGGAGAUGAAGCUUUUAAUACAUUUUCUGGGGUCUUUUGUUUUUAUCUUAAGCAUUUUCGCUGUAUUAAGUAAAUGUGAUACAGAUGUGAAGAAAGGGCCCAAAGUUACCGCCAAGGUAUGGUUCGAUAUUAAAAUAGGUAGUGAGCCUGCUGGAAGGGUAGAGAUUGGACUUUUUGGCAAAACUGUUCCUAAGACUGUCAGUAAUUUUGUUGAAUUGGCUAAGAAACCAGAAGGAGAAGGUUAUAAAGGAAGUAAAUUCCAUCGAGUUAUUAAGGAUUUCAUGAUCCAAGGUGGAGAUUUCACCAAGGGCGAUGGAACAGGAGGUCAUAGUAUCUAUGGUGAAAGAUUUGCUGAUGAAAACUUUAAGUUGAAACAUUAUGGUGCUGGGUGGUUGUCCAUGGCCAAUGCUGGAAAAGACACUAAUGGUUCUCAAUUUUUUAUUACUACUAAGAAAACUCCUUGGCUGGAUGGAAGACAUGUCGUCUUUGGCAAAAUUAUUAAUGGAAUGGAUGUUGUAAGGAAAAUUGAAAACACUAAAACGGAUAGUCGUGACAGGCCAGUUGCUGAUGUUGUGAUAUCGGACUGUGGUGCUGAAGAAGUAGAACCUUUUGCAGUUUCAAAGGAGGAUGCCAAUGAACAUUCUGAAUUGAAUAAUCAAUGAGCAAGUAUUUAAAUUAUAGGGCACUGGUACCAUUUGUAUGAUUCAUUUUCUGUGGUAAUUGUGGUGGAUUUGGUUUGAAUUUUGUAAAAUUUGUUGUAAAUAUAUAUAUUUAUAUAUUUUUUAUUACUUUAUUAUAAUCCUUGUGCUCUAUCUUUAUGAUUAAUUUUAUCAGUUAUUUCUUGAUUCUUUUAUAUAUAUAUUGGUUAGAAACAAAUUCAUGAAAUUAUUUUUUAUUACAAAAUUGGUUUUUAUUGUUAAAUUUUUAUAUUGCCUAAUUAUCAAGAACACCUUUUUAAAAAUGUAAACAUUGUUAUUAUUUUAUGUAUUUUAUAUUAUUUGGAUUAAAUUUUUGUUAAGAGGUAUUUCCCUCAAAGCUAUUAAUAUUUAUAUGUAAUUAAUAUGUACCGCUGUAUUUGUGCGUCAUAUACUGAAAAAUGACAAUUACCUUUUUUUAUUAUAAUUUGUUAUUAUUUUAAUCCAAGCUCACAUCCUUCUAUCCCAGAACUAAAUGAACUAUUGUACUGAAUUUAUUCCUAAUUGUAGUUAUUUUCUCAGCUGUGGAUUAUAUGACGCGUUUAAGCACUGCUGGUCUUAUUGUGGGGCAAUUGCCCCGGGGCGUCGACCAGGACUUGUUGAAGGCACUGUCCGACCUUCAUGUGCUCUCGCCAUUUGUCAGAUAUUAAAAAUUACAAAAUGUAUUAAAUUAUGUAUAAUGUAGUAAAUUAAUUUAUUUUAAC